AUGGCUCUGAUGUUUUGGUUUCGGCGUUCAUUUGCUGGCUUCAAAAAGACGUUCGAACGACCUUCCACCGGUCCAGAAGAGUCUGAAGAUGCCGCCAAGCCACCUGCACGUGGGCCGACGACGAUAACGACAAUGACAGAGACGCCGCCGUCUGGGCGCUCUCCAUCGCCGACGCCGACGCCGACGCCGUCGCCAAUGACAGCCCCAGCCCCGCAUCAGCAGCAGCCGACGCCAACGCCAACGCCAAAGCCAACUCCAAAGUCACUCCCGUCGCUACCGUCGGCCCCGCCAUUGUCGUUGGCUCUGCAGGCCGAGCCCAGAACUUCACCUGACGCAAGCUCCUCUCCACGAAGUCACCAGCGAUACCUGGACUCGCUCCAACCACCCUCCGAGAAGGACUUUGCGCGAUUGGCGACCCUGCAGGAACAGCGCGAGAGGGAACACCGACACCGUAACCACGAGCUGCAGCGCCAGACCGUCGCGACCUCACAAAAAAGCAUGGAGGCGAGGCGGGACUUUAUGCACACCAAGGCCGUGGAUGGCGAUAAGAAGGCGGCCGCGCAUCGCCAUUCCUUGCUCGGGCACAUACACUCGAACUCCCUGUCGCGAUCGCGGCCGGGCAGCAAGGAUGCGCAAGCCGGUGAGGGAGCAGACCCGGACCAUGACUUGAUGCAGUCGAAAGCCGCAACCGUCAUUCAACGUAACUAUCGCGGAUAUCGCUUGCGGCGGGAGAUGCAGGGCCUGGGAUUAGAUCCGUCAACGAGAUGGACACAUGCAAUCAGAGAUGCGCAAUGGAAGGAGUUGACCACCCCGCGGCCUAGAGGGGACAGUUCACUGAACCCAACGAACGAAGAUGCGAAUGGCGACACGAGGCCCAGCACCAGCAGGUCGGCGGCGAGGCGGAAUUGGAUGAAGAUUGCGACCAUUGCCCAGCGCGCGGCUGCAGAUGAGGACUCGGACCACUCCAAAUGCAGCUCAUCAGCUCCGCCCACGGAUGAGGAGCCGGAGAGAACGACUCCCGAACAGAGGGAGGCUGCGAGGAAGAGGAGGAUGAAGGCCCAGGCAAAGCGACGGGAGCAUGCGAAGAUGAUGGGACUGCAGUAUUUCCUAGAGAUGGUAGAUCUCAAGCAUCGCUACGGAUCAAAUCUGAGGACCUACCACGAGGAGUGGAAGAAGAGCGAUACCAAUGAAAACUUCUUUUACUGGCUGGACUAUGGCGAGGGCAAGAACAUAGACUUGGCCGCCUGUCCGCACGAGAGGUUAGACCGGGAGCAAGUGCGGUAUUUGAAUCGCGAAGAGAGACAACAUUACUUGGUCAAAGUGGAUUUGGAAGGGCGUCUGGUUUGGGCAAAGAACGGAGUGCGCAUAGACACGACCGAGGAAUGGAAGGAUAGUAUACAUGGCAUCGUGCCGGUAGAUGAUCCCACGCCGGCUUUUGCGCCCGCAAUCGAAGAGCAUACUCAGGCCAAACCGAACAUUGACUCACCACCGGAACCGCACAGUCACAACCGCCAACCUAGUUCCGGUUCCGAUUCCGAUUCUUCGCGGGAGUCAGAACUGGAGGCAGCCAUGGCAGCCAAAUACGCAAACCCGGGGCUCGACAACGCCAAGGGAGCCAAGAAGGUCCGGCACGUGUCGGCGGCAACUAUCUUCAACAAGCUCCUGAGAAAGUCCGUUCGCAAGAACACGUGGAUCUUCGUCGCCGAUACCUCCUUCCGGCUCUACGUCGGCAUCAAGAACAGCGGCGCCUUCCAGCACAGCUCCUUCCUACGGGGCUCGCGCAUCUCGGCCGCAGGCUUGAUCAAAGUCAAGAACGGCCGCCUGUCGUCGCUCUCCCCGCUCUCGGGCCACUACAGGCCGCCGGCCUCCAACUUCAGGGCCUUCGUGCACAGCCUGGAAGACGAGGGGGUCGACAUGAGCCACGUGAGCAUCAGCAAGAGCUACGCCGUCCUCGUCGGCCUUGAGGCUUACAUCAAGACGCAGAAGAAGGGCAAGGAGGCGCUGCAGAAGCUCACGCACCAGAAGGAGAAGAUAUUGGCGCCCGAGGAGGCCCGCAAGAAAGAGGAGGCGCAGCUGGACUCGAGCCAGAGCGCGGCGAUAGAGAGGAAGGUUCUGAGGAAGGAGGAGGUGCUGCGCGUCGAGAACAAGGCGAGCGUGCGGUUCUUGCAGAAGUUGGGGGUGCGGCCGCGCACGCCGGUGGGGCAGCAGAAUGGGGAAGGGGAGACGGUAGAGGCGUUGGGUACGACUGGAUGA